UCAUGCUGCUGCCAGGUCCAGAGUCUCUCAUGGGUCCCUGUACGGCCUCCCAUUGCUGCUGUCUCCAUCGCCACACUCUGCCAUGUGCCACUUUCAGGUCUCCUCACACUGCUGGUGUGUUCCAUUUUUUGUCAUAGGGUGCUGGCAGAUUACGGGCCUCCCAUAGCUGCUGCCAGGCCCCUAAUCUGCCAUGGGCCCCUAUACCGCCUCCUCAUGCUGCUGCCAAGUCCAGAGUCUCUCAUGGGUCCCUGUACGGCCUCCCAUUGCUGCUGUCUCCAUCGCCACACUCUGCCAUGUGCCACUUUCAGGUCUCCACACACUGCUGGUGUGUAGAUUUUUUUGAC